AUGUCAAAACCACAGAGUGCUGUCGAUCAGUAUACGCAGCUCAGGAACCAACUAGCACAGAAGAUUACAAAAAAGCUGGAACUUGAGGCUCAGCUACAAGCUUUGGAAAGUACUAUAUACGAGAAAGAGAACGAGUACUUCAACGAGAGCACCUAUGGCAAUAUAGUAAAAGGAUUCGACAGUUUUUCAAAAUCUUCAGCCGGUGGCUCAAGUAAACGAAAGAUGGUGUACACGGAUGACGAUCACAUCUUCAGUCUCUCAUCUGCUACGUUUGUAAGAACUCUCAUGAAGAGACAAGGCACUGGUGCACCAGAUUACGAUGAUUACGAAGAUUCAGCAGAUCCUCCAGCAAAUGGAGCUGCAAAUGGAGGAAAAGACCACCCUAGCACCCCAGGUAGGAAAAAGAAGGGCCGUCUCGAAGAAGUCAAGUAA